UGGACAAAAGAGGCGUGGAAAGAGGGGAAAGCCCCGGGAGCGAACGCCGCCGGGUUUGGGGCGAUCACUCUUAAAGGGGCCGCGGCACGAAACUUUGGGGCGGUCGUCGAGAUACAGCAAACAAGGCGGUAAACAGAAAGAUGCUUUCCUCUGAAUUGUGUUUGUAGGAUGUUAGACUCUCAAGAACAAGAGGAACUGACUACUGUGCGUGUCCAAGAUCCUCGUGUGCAAAACGAGGGGUCCUGGAACUCUUAUGUGGACUACAAAAUAUUCCUCCACACCAACAGCAAAGCCUUCACAGCCAAGACAUCCUGCGUGCGCCGACGAUACCGUGAGUUUGUGUGGUUGAAGAAACGGCUCCAGAAAAAUGCCGGCUUGGUGCCAGUCCCAGAGCUUCCAGGGAAAUCCACCUUCUUUGCAGGCAGCACUGAUGAAUUCAUUGAGAAACGACGACAAGGGCUUCAACAAUUUCUGGAGAAGGUGCUACAGAAUGUUGUACUCCUUUCGGAUAGCCAACUACACCUCUUCCUCCAGAGCCAGCUCUCUAUACCAGAGAUUGAAGCUUGUGUCCAAGGUCGGGGCCCUCUGAGUGUUACGGACGCCAUUCUCCGCUACGCCAUGUCAAACUGUGGCUGGGUGCAGGAGGAGGACAGCCACUCCGCUCUGCUGGUCAGAGGGGACUUCAGCAGCAGCUCUGAUGGAGGAAGCCAUCUUGGCCAGGGCUCCCUGGAACCCGUCCCUCAUUGGAGUGAUGUCAGCCUGGAAGACAGUCAGCUGGAUAGCCCCGAUUCUGAGGAGGAACAUUUAACAGCAGGGCUGCUGCCCAUUGACCCUGGAGCAUCACCUGAGCCUGUCAAGGAACAAUGAAAGGGAAAAGACAUGGGUCCACUCAGGAUGUCCUUGAGGCUGGUAUGUUAACCUCUGGCCCUUCCCCAGAAAUCACCUUGCCUGUCUGAACUCCAGAGCCCUGUGCUUGUGCUGUAUCUGGCAUCCUAAGUGAACAACCGAGCCUGGACUAAUGGGAUACCUGAGCAGCCAGAACGGAUGCUUCAACAACUGAGAUGUCGCUCUAAAUACAUUAUUCUUGUGGUUUAUACCCUCGGUAUGAAAAGAGAUGCCUUCCAGCGAGGGCUUGUCAGUUGAACACUGUCUCCCACUUUUUUGGUAAACUGUUGGCAAGGUAUUCUAGGCAGGAAACUGUUUUGUUUUGGCUGCAUCCUCUUCCCCCGCUCCUGCUGCCUCAGCCCCCAUAGCUGGUAGUGCUUCUUGCAAAAGCCCAGCUGCCUUCUGUUCUCUUGUAGGCAUGUCAGAAGAAAAACAGCCUAGGGUUAGACUUUUCCUGUGCUGUGCAGAGCCAGGGAGCCCACCUGGCAGCCGUGGAUGCCAGGCCCGCAUCUGGGAUCCCCUGACAGAGCUCUGUGCUGCUGCUGGGAUGAAUGCCCGGGCAACCUCCCCAGCUCAUUACUGCUCAGGUGGAUUUUUCUGCUGUAGUCCGGCUAUGGGGUGUGUUAGAAGAGAUGCAGAGGGGCGAAGGGGGUGUUGUUCUGUGGCCAGUUGGUAUGUAUGAUGCAUGCCUUUGGAAGAAGUUUUUCCUCAUCCAUUGCUCUGCCUUGGCACAGUGCACAGAUUGACCAGAGAGGGGUUAAUGCAAGUCUGUCAUAUGUUUGAAGCAAUGGAGCACACUCCUGUGUAUGUGCACAUCCACAAUUGUAUUCCCUUUUAUUAGUGUGCCUGAUGAUUAAUCCUCUGCUAGUGUUACUGCAAAGGCUGCAGAUGAUACAUUUUGUAGGCUUCAAUACAGAAUGUGCAAACCAAACCUUGUAUGUGUUCAUUUUUUCUGGAUCUGAUAGGUAUCAGGGCUGUGAAUAAAAUACUCAAGUAGGCUGGAAGGCAUGGAUGAA